AAUAUGGAGCCGUUUUUCAACCCACCGCUUCACAAACAAAGACACCAGUUUGUCAUCGACUUUAUUAAGAAAUACAAAACUAAAAAAGUGAUGGAUCUGGGUUGUAGUGAAUGCACUCUCCUGAAACGGCUUAAAUUUCACCGUGAAAUUGAACAUUUGGUGGGAGUCGACAUCAAUGGAGCAAAAGUCAAGAAAAAAAUGCACGCUCUGGCCCCUCUGUCCACAGACUAUCUACAGCCUGGCUUUGAGCAGCUGUGUGUUGAGCUGUACCAAGGGUCUGUGACCGAACCAGACGCCCGCCUCCGAGGGUUCCACCUGGCCGUCAGUAUAGAGCUUAUCGAGCACCUGCUUCUACCCGAUGUAGAACGCUUCUCAGAGGUCCUGUUUGGAUACAUGGCCCCUGUACACGUCAUCAUCAGCACCCCAAACUCUGAGUUCAACCCUCUGUUCCCUGGGCUCACUGGCUUCAGGCACCCAGACCACAAGUUCGAGUGGACCAGGGCGCAGUUCCAGUCCUGGGCUCAGAGGGUGUGUGUGGACUUUGAAUAUGAGGUGGAGAUCACUGGAGUGGGACUGCCCCCUGGUGGAGGACUGAAGCAGUUUGGAUUCUGCUCUCAGAUCGCAGUGUUUCACCGACUCAAAGGAGGAUUCAACAUAUCGCCCGACGAGAGGAGCCAAGGGGAAACCUCGUAUACACUGUUGCACAGGAUAAUCUACCCCAGUUUGAAGGACAACAAUGUGCUGCGGAGAGUGCUGCUCAGUGAGGUGCUGUUCUGGGCCGAAGAACUGAAGAGGAGGUCGAGGGAGAGGGAAGAGAAGGAAGAGAAGAAAGAAAAGGAGGAGACAUGGACCAAAAGCACAGGAGCGUGUGGAGAAGAGCGACCUCCUGAGGACCCACGGAGAAGUGCAGGUGAUGGAGAGUCAAAUGGCAACUGUGCUCCUCAAAGAGGGUGUGUGGCAGUGCCCCUCUCAUUGCUCUGGGCCUCCUCUCCUCGGGUUGUAGCUCUCAGUGGGAGCUUAUCAAACCUCCGCCUUUUCUUGAUGGACGAACCAAUGGUCAAAUUGAGCCAGGACAAGUCUGCUCUCCUCCUCCAAACAGAUGAAGAGGUAUAUGAGGGAGAUCUGGAGGACUGUGGCUACACAGAAAUAGAACAAAACCAAAGUGUGAGCCCCAAAACUCUGGAAAACUGGGAGGAAGACUGAGCCCCAAGAAAAUAUAAUAAACAAAUCA